AUGCCUCGACGGCGUGAGGAUGUGCCGUUGCGAGGAAAGAAGUCUGGGAGUGGGGAGGGCGGUGUACCUGCGAUUCGCAGUCGAGGCAGAGCUGCGACGACAUCUGUAGCGGCUACCCUAGCGCAGGCAUCCCCAUCCACCUUGAGAAAGGCUGAGAGGUCAUCGUCCAUGUCCAAGGUGAAGAUGACGGGGACAUCAACCGGCCCCAUAUCGGGCUUCAUCUGCCCCGCAUGCCCCAACUUGAUUAACUUUGAGUCUGAGACACUGUUGCUUCGCCACUGGGAAGCCUGUCAUGAACAAGAAGUCUCCAGCAUAUCCGUACAAGACAACACAGACACGGCGUGGCGAGAGCACCUGUUCACGGACACCUGCCGCGCUGGCAAGACGUGUCGGUUCUGUGGUCAUCGCAUUUGGCGCGACGGACUGCAAUGCAAGACCUGUCGCUAUGCCUGCCACAUCAAAUGUGUCACCAAGGCCAAGCCCGUGUCCAACUGUCCUGGCUUCUACCAGUCCACCAACCCAAUUGUCAAGGGCAUUCGCAAAGUCGUCACCGGGUACGAGAACGGUAGCGAGGUGUUGACAGGGCCAAUUGAACAGUGCGUGCAGGACUCGCAGGAGCUCAACGCCAUCAACGCAAUGAUGAAUGCACAGCCACUGCACAUUCGCUUUGCCAACAAGAAGCAGCCGGCUGGCGAAGACGGAAAGAAGUUUGAGAAGACGCGUGACUCCGCCGCCAUCAGCGAAUACUUCAAG